GUGGCGCGGUGACGCGCUUUCAGCUCGCGAGCCGCCGGGCGAACAAACCCUAGAAGAAGUAGACGCUAUUCAGUCCCUCGCGCACACUGACAGUCUGAUCCGAGUCCACAGCAACAACAAGGCGUCCCCUGUCCCCCCCCGUCCGACAUGGCCGACCCGAUGGAGAUAGACGAUUCGUUGUACAGUCGGCAGCGGUAUGUCCUGGGAGACAGUGCCAUGCAGCAGAUGGCUCAGUCCUCAGUGUUUCUGAGUGGACUGGGGUCAGUGGGUGUGGAAGUGGCCAAGAACAUCGUCCUUGCUGGAGUGAAGACAGUCACGUUACAUGACAGUCAGCAGUGUGAGGUCUGGGAUCUGGGCACUAACUUCUUCAUCAGAGAGGAGGACGUUCAGAGCGGGAAGAAAAGGGUGGAGGCCAUACACUCUCGGGUGUCUGAGUUAAACCCUUAUGUGCAGGUCAGCGUAUCGAGUGUGCCCCUGAAUGACACGACUGAUCUCAGCUUCCUGCUUAAGUACCAGUGUGUGGUUUUAACAGAGACGAGUCUGAGCUUGCAGAAGAGGAUCAACCAUUUCUGUCACUCUCAACACCCUCCGAUUAAGUUUAUUAGCUGUGACGUUUUGGGGAUCUGUUCGCGAGUGUUCUGUGAUUUCGGCGAGACCUUCGAGGUCUCGGACCCGACGGGGGAGGAGCCUAAAGAGCUUUUCAUUCAGAAUAUCAGCCAGGAGAACCCCGGCGUGGUGACCUGCAUGGACAGCCGCACACACGGCCUCCAGACCGGACAGAGGGUGUGUUUCCGAGAGAUCGUCGGCAUGACUGAGCUCAACGGCACCAUACACCAAAUCACAGCUAUCUCUCCGUACAGUUUCUCGAUCUGCGAUACGUCUUCCUUCCAGCCGUAUCUCCACGGUGGUAUCUUACGAACGGUCAAGACCCCCAAAACCUACCGCUUCGAGACGUUGGAGCAACAGUUACACGACCCACAGCUCCUUAUUCCCGACUUCAGUAAACCCGAGGCACCGCUGCAGAUCCACGCCACUAUGAUCGCUCUGGAUGUGUUCAAGGAACAACACAGCAGAUUGCCGAAUCCAGGCUGUUGGCAGGAUUCGGAUCUCCUGCUGAAGAUUACCGAGGAGGUCAACGGAACGCUUAAAAGCAAAGUGAGCGCCAACCCAUCUUUAGUGAGGGGCGUGUCCCGCUGUGCCAAAGGUUGUCUCUCUCCCCUGGCGGCUGCAGUGGGCGGUAUCGCUAGUCAGGAAGUGCUGAAGGCUCUCACCGGAAAGUUCACGCCGCUACAACAGUGGUUUUAUCUGGAUGCCUUAGAAGUGGUCCAACCCCUCCAGUCACUUCCUGUUGAGGAGUUUGCCCCUAGGGGAGAUCGAUACGAUGCUCUGAGGGCCUGUAUCGGCGAAUCGUUUUGUCUGGAGUUGCACAAGCUUCGAGUCUUUAUGGUGGGCUGUGGUGCUAUAGGCUGUGAGAUGUUGAAGAAUUUUGCACUGCUCGGGGUGGGGUUGACCAGAUGCUCAGGGGAGGUUUUCAUCACUGAUCCUGAUCUUAUAGAGAAGUCCAACCUCAACCGCCAGUUUCUCUUUAGACCUCAUCAUAUACAGAAGCCGAAAAGCAUCACGGCGGCUGCGGUGACGUUAGAGAUCAAUCCCGAGCUGCACAUAGACGCUGACCUGCACAAGGUGUGUCCUGCCACGGAGGACAAAUUCAGCGACACUUUCUAUUCACGUCUCAGUCUAGUGGUCACUGCGCUGGACAACGUGGAGGCUCGGAGAUACGUGGACAGCCGAUGCGUGUCCAAUCAGAAAGCGUUACUGGACUCUGGGACCAUGGGGACGAAAGGUCACACCGAGGUCAUUGUGCCAAACCUAACAGAGUCCUAUAACAGUCAUAGAGAUCCACCAGAGGAGGAGAUACCGUUCUGCACUCUGAAGUCUUUCCCUGCUGUGAUCGAGCAUACCAUACAGUGGGCCAGGGACAAGUUCGAAAGUGCCUUCUCUCACAAGCCCUCCAUGUACAACAUGUUCUGGCAGACCCACGUGUCCACUCUAGAUGUAUUACAGAGGUUGAAAGCCGGGGAGAGCAUGGACGGGGUGUUUCAAGUCAUCAAGGUGUUGAGUUGCCGGCCCACGCGCUGGGAGCACUGCCUGGCCCUGGCUCGCCUCAAAUUCGACAAAUACUUCAAGAGAAAGGCACUACAACUACUGCACUCAUUUCCACUGGAUACGCGACUGAAAGACGGCACUCUGUUCUGGCAGUCUCCUAAACGACCUCCAUGUCCUAUCGAGUUUGAUCUCAAAGACCCCCGGCACUUGAAGUUCGUGGUCAGCACGGCUCGGCUGUUUGCAGGAAUUUACAACGUCCCCUAUUCAGAAAAGAACCUCAGUUACGAGGCCGUGGCAAGCGUCUUGGCCGAAGUCGAGAUUCCCGAGUACAAGCCGGCAGAGAAGCAUAUAGAAACAGAUGAAACGGUUAAGAAGCCUGAUCACUUGAAGUUGACGGUAAGCAGCGAGGAGGAACGGGAAGCCAUAUCACAGCUGGAGGAGGCCAUCACAUCUGGUUUUGUACCAGAGAGCCUGCGUAUGACGCCCUUGCUUUUUGAGAAAGACGAUGACUCGAACGGUCAUAUGGAUUUCGUGGAGUCGGCGUCAGCCCUGAGGGCCCACAUGUACUCGAUCGAAGCCGCCGAUCGCCUUCAGACCAAACGCAUCGCCGGGAAAAUCAUCCCCGCCAUCGCCACGGCUACCGCUGCAGUCGCCGGAUUGGUGGCGUUGGAGCUGAUCAAAGUCACAGGUGGCUAUGGCUUCGAAUCGUUCAAGAACUGCUUCUUCAACCUGGCCAUCCCCGUCAUGGUACUAACGGAGACGGCCCGGGUCAAACGGACACAGAUCAGAGAUGACAUCUCCUUCUCCAUCUGGGAUCGCUGGACCAUCGUUGGUCAGGAAGACUUCACCCUGUCCGAGUUCAUCAGUGCGGUCAGGGAAAAGUACGGUAUGGAGCCCACCAUGGUGGUCCACGGAGUGAAGAUGCUCUACGUCCCCAUCAUGCCUGGACACAACAAGAGACUCAAACUGACUAUGCAGAAGCUGAUCAAGCCUUCAGCGGACAGGAAGUACGUGGACCUCACCGUGUCUUUUGCGCCGGAGACGGAUGGGGGCGAGGAUCUGCCCGGUCCUCCUGUCCGUUAUCACUUUAGACACGAGAGUGGCGAGAAGGCCUGACUGACCUCCCACCCAACACACACACACACACACACUCUGAUAACACACCCUCCCUUAUCUUCCCCUGUGGACCACUAGUGGAGUAGCACUUGAUCAAUCUGUACAUAGUAAAACUUGUUUUUCUUUUUGUUUUCUACGGGUUCGUAAUUUUAUUGCAUAGCUCCGUCUGUGCAGAUGCCUUAAAAAAAAAAUAAAAAAAUAUUGUGUGUCCACGCUGAUGAUGAUGAUGAUGAAGAUGGAGGUGAUUAUUAUAUAUAAUUGAUCUCACAGUGUUUACACUCCUAACUUAAGGCUUAUGAUGGUUAUUAUUUUAUUAGCGCAAGACACAGGGAAAGGGGGAGGGGCCAAACGGAUCGCUUCCUUAAUAUGCAGAUGGUGGGUGACGCCGUUAUCGCGAGCGUUUCCCGUUCGCCCCGGACAGAGAGACGCGCGGCCGCGCUGGGCGAUAUGCAACCUCUGAAAGACUUCCCCGUACGUACGGAACGGAUCGCUACACGUGGGCGUGACCCGCGCCGCGCUGCACUGUGACUCGAGUGGAGUGUGGAGUUCGCUCUCGUUCCAUUCCUCACCGUUUUCACAAGGAUACGCCUUUGGGAGAGGACGGAAGGAUCCGGAAGAAUCUCGGACACUCUGCCGCGAAUUUCCAGCCUGCUGCUGCUGGGAUAUUAUCAUGUAGCACCUAGUCCUGAACAGGAAGUGAACAAGAGCGGGAUUGUGUGUGUGUUCAUUUACUUCCUCUCUAAAAAAAAAAAAAAACAGCAAAGUUCUCAUUUUAAACAGAAGUCGUAACCGUGAUGUCCUCUCUCUCUCUCUCUCUCUCUCUCUCUCACUCACUCACUCACUUAAUCUCUCUCUCUCUUUUUAUUUCUCUCUCACUUACUCUCUCUCUCUCUUUUUAUUUGUCUCUCGCUCUCUCACUCACUCUCUCUUUUUUUAUUUGUCUCUCUCUUUAUUUCUCUCCUGCUCUCUCUGUUUCUCUCUCACUCUCUUGUCUCUCUCUUUAUUUCUCUAUCUUCUCUUUUUAUUACUCUCUCUCUCUCUCUCUCUCUCUCUCACUCACUCACUCACUCACUUAAUCUCUCUCUCUCUUUUUAUUUCUCUCUCACUUACUCUCUCUCUCUCUUUUUAUUUGUCUCUCGCUCUCUCACUCACUCUCUCUCUCUUUUUUUUAUUUGUCUCUCUCUUUAUUUCUCUCCUGCUCUCUCUGUUUCUCUCUCACUCUCUUGUCUCUCUCUUUAUUUCUCUAUCUUCUCUUUUUAUUACUCUCUCUCUCUCUCUCUCUCUCUCUCACUCACUCACUCACUUAAUCUCUCUCUCUCUCUCUUUAUUUCUCUCUCACUUACUCUCUCUCUCUCUUUAUUUGUCUCUCGCUCUCUCACUCACUCUCUCUUUUUUUUAUUUGUCUCUCUCUCUUUAUUUCUCUCCUGCUCUCUCUGUUUCUCUCUCACUCUCUUGUCUCUCUCUUUAUUUCUCUAUCUUCUCUUUUUAUUACUCUCUCUCUCUCUCUCUCUCACUCACUCACUUAAUCUCUCUCUCUCUCUCUUUAUUUCUCU